AUGGGUUUACCGCCAUGGGAGACAAGUGAUAGCCAGCUGUUUGCUAUGAUCACAGGUGCAAACAGUGGUCUAGGAUAUUCAAUUGCGGCGCGCAUGAUCGAUGAAUUCAUCACAGGUCCAUCAACGCCUGCGAACAAGCAUCUCGUUCUCAUACUGUGCACACGAAGUCCCCUAAAAACUCGAUUUACAAUUUCACGAUUGAGAGGCCAUCUUCGUAUAGCAGCAGAAUCGUCGGCGCAUGCGAAGAAAUUACGCGCGAAAGCCAAGGCAGAAGGCCGAGAAUACAGAUGGGAAACCGCGGUUCAGAGAGUGCACUUCCUAGGAGUGGAGGUGGACUUGUGUGACUUGAAGAGUGUAUACCGAUUAGCAGAUCAAUUGGUUAAUGGCACAGUGGGAAGUCCAGAUGCGACAACAAUGGAUGGAGCCAAGCUCCCACACGGCUCACCCGGGACACAGAGCUACUCUGAAGGUGUACAGCAGGAUCGAUGGGCAUUGAGCCAGAAACCUGGAUCGACUGGUCUUUUGCGGGCUUGGGGAUGGGGAUUGAGUGGUAUUCGACUGCCAAGAUUAGAUGUGAUCAUUCUUAGUGCUGGAAUUGGCGGAUGGACUGGUCUUUCUUGGUAUGAGGCUGUCCGAGAAGUACUGUUCAAUCCGGUUGAAGCCACAACCUGGCCGACAUACAAACUAGCGAAUGUAGGAGCUGUCGUUCGAUCACAGUCGAAGUUCAAAGCUUCAAGUUCCGGAGAAGAAGCGAGGCAACCGCUGUUGUCAGAGAAAGUCGAAUCGACCGAGCCACCACUGGGAGAAGUCUUCUGCGCCAAUGUUUUCGGCCACUAUGUUCUUGUGCACGAACUUAUGCCUCUCCUUUCUCGUCCAUCCUCCCCUACCUCAGAAAGUAGUGGGAAGAUCAUCUGGAUGUCCAGUGUCGAAGCCAUUGCGGACCACUUUUCCAUCAAUGAUAUUCAGGGACUGAAAUCUCUCCAUCCAUAUGAGGAUACAAAACGUUUGAUGGACUACAUUUCUUUGACUGCUGAUUUACCGUCCACAAAACGAGCAGUCGCUUCAUAUUUUGACCCAUCUAAGACUGUUACUGGACGCAAGGCCGCGAAAAUAUCACAAGAUGAUGCGGAAGACUUGCCUGUGGUGAAGCCAAAAAUAUAUCUGACGCACCCAGGAAUAUUUGCAUCCGAAAUAUUGCCACUUCCUGCUAUCCUAGUCGCUAUCUACAAGCUCGUAUUUCUGUUCGUUCGCUGGAUCGGAAGUCCUUGGCAUCCAAUUGAUCCUUAUAAGGCCGCUGUUGCACCUACUUGGCUUGCCUUAACAGAUAAUGAGAUUCUAGAAGACAUGGAAGACCACGGGAACAAGAAGGCGAAAUGGGGUUCUGCAACGAAUACUAGCGGCGAGGAACGAGUCAUGCAGACGGAAGUGGAGGGUUGGGGAUGGCAUGGUAAUGUUGAUGAUUCAGGCGAGAAGAGGAUAGGUAGGAGGCGGAAUGCUAUUGAUGCGACGAAGGAGUCUAGGGAAGACUUCGAGGUCAUGGGUGGUAAAUGCUGGAAACAGCUGGAGGAUCUGAGGACGACUUGGGAAGAAGUUCUUGGAGUUGAGGAGUGA